AUGGCCACCUGUGUGCUUCUCCAGGGGAUCCUCCUCCUCCUGCUGCCUAUGCCCACCACUGCCCCCUGCUACACUGCCACACGCUCUGAGUGCCUAAAAUACAAGACUUUUGUGCCAGGCUCAGAGCUGGCAGGGGAGGGAAUGGAUGUGACCAGUCUCAAGCGCUCAGGGUCCUACCCAGUGUACACAACUAAAUACCAGCAGAGAGAUGGCACCUGCACUCUCUGCACGAACUCCCUUCAGGACGAGAAACCCCAGCGCCUGCCUGUGGCCCUCACACACUGGCGUGCCCAGUCCUCGGUCUGCCAGCGCCAGGUAUUCAAAGACCAGGUCACCUCUGUCGAGAGUGUGGCCCAAGAUGCCGCUAAAAAGAUCAACAAUAACUGGAAGGUAGGCCUGGAUGUGACUCCCAAGCCCUUUAUCAACGCACGCAUGACCAUAGCUGGCUCGCAUUCUGAGGAAGCUAACUUUGCAGCUGGGAAAACCUUCCAUGACCAGUACAGCUUUACCAAGGAUGAGGUGGCAUGUCGAUUCUACAGUUUUAAACUAGUACACAAUCCCCCACUCCAUCCUCAAUUCAAAAAGGCCCUCAGGGCCCUCCUCCCUGAAUUCAACAAGUCCACGGAGAGUGAAUACUUCAGGCUCAUCGCCAACUACGGCACCCACUUUAUCCAGUCCAUGACCCUGGGUGGCCGGAUCUCAGCCCUCACGGCCCUGCGCACCUGUGAAUUGGCCUUGCAGGGAGUCACAGCCCGAGAGGUGGAGGACUGCCUGAAUCUGGAGGCCGCGGUCAAUAUAGGCAGCAAGGCCACAGUUUCAUCAGAAGCCAAGGCCUGUGAGGAGAAGAAGAAGAAGCACAAUAUACAAUACUCCUUCCACCAGACCUAUGAGGAACGUUACGUUAACGUAGUGGGUGGCCACCACAGCUCCUCACAUGACCUGCUGUUUGGGAAACGCACCGGGCCCGAGGAAUUCUCACGGUGGGUAGACUCCCUGAAGGCCACCCCAGACCUCGUGGAUUAUGCCCUGGAGCCCCUGCACGUGCUGCUGAGGAGACAUGACCCGCACCGGGAGGCACUGAGGCAGGCCGUGAGCAAGUAUGUGCUGGACAAGGCACGCUGGAGCAAGUGCAGUCGGCCUUGCCCUAUGGGGCAUCACAGCGGCCAAGACCCGUGCCUGUGUGUGUGCCACAACACGGCACUCACCAACCAAGGCUGCUGUCCCCGCCACAAGGGCAUGGCCAACCUGAAGGUUAAGGACUUACAGGCGACAGGCCUGUGGGGAGACUGGAUCACCGCCACGGACGCCUAUGUGAAAGCCUUCUUUGGAAACAGGGAGCAGAGGACAGCCACGGUGUGGAACAACAACAACCCCAAAUGGGGGGAAACGCUGGAGUUUAAGGAUGAGAUCCUGCUCACGGCGGGGCCCCUGAGGGUGCAGGUCUGGGACGCAGACAGCGGCUGGGAUGAUGACCUCCUCGGCACCUGUGACACGAAACCGAAGUCUGGUCUACACGAGGUGAAAUGCAACCUAAACCAUGGUCAACUGAAAUUCUUCUACGAAGUCAAGUGCUUGAACCACCUGACGGGGGACAGCUGCCAGGACUAUGUCUCCCAGGGACGUCUGGGGGAGCCUCCAGGAAACAGGAGUGGGCCAGUGUGGUGA